AUGCCAGUCCCCAAACACAACUGCAGAUUUGGAUUUGAUUUUGUCGCCGAGUUUCAAUUUUUCUUCUCUCCACGAACCCACACUGUUGUAAUGGCUCCUCCUGCGAAGAAGACCGAAUCUGUCCAAAAGGCUGCUGAUGCCAAGAAGGCUGUUCUUAAGGGCACUGUCAAGUUUGCUCGCAAGUUCCACUCCAGCGCUACUUUUCGUCGACCCAAGACUUUGGCUCUUCCCCGUAACCCAAAGUAUCUUCGCAGUCGCAGGUUAUUUAGCGGAGCUGCUCUUCUUGAUCACUAUCAGGUCAUCAAGUACCCUCUUAACACAGAGAGUGCCAUGAGGAAGAUCGAGAGCCACAACACACUUGUCUUUAUCUGCGAUAUCCGUUCAAACAAGAAGCAGAUCAAGAAUGCAGUCAAGGAGCUGUAUGAUGUUGAUGCUGCCAAGGUCAACACUCUUAUCAGGCCCGAUGGACUCAAGAAGGCAUACGUUCGCCUUGUUGCAGAUGCUGAUGCACUUGAUGUUGCAAACAAGAUUGGAUUUAUUUGA